AUGUCUGUGUUCCACGAUGAUUUCUCUGACCGCGUUAUAACUCCAGCCAUGUCACCGUGUCUAGCCUUUACCUGCUGCACCAUGAAUUUCAUAUUUCCAGGCUCAGGAACUAUCGUGUCGGGGUUUGCUGCCCUUUGCUGCUCCAUGAACGUAGACAUGAAUACUGGUGACCGAUUGACCACGUGUAUAUGUAACCUGUCCAUAGGCGUUCUACAGCUGGUCCUUAGCGGCUUUAUAUUGGUGGGUUGGUGUUGGAGUUGUGUCUGGGGACUCCAUUACGUAGACAUGUCCAAGAAACAUUAUCCUGAGGAGUGGGGGCUGGGACAGACGAGGGAAGUCUGGACAUCACAGCCGUCAUCAAUUGACCCAUUAUCGCCUUGUCACACUGACCAUCAGCAGUACUAUCCAAUCCCAGUACCGCCCCCUCCAUACAGCCCCCGUAUAGAUCCGCCACCACCAUACGAUACCAUUGACGAUCCACCAAGGUUAUUUUCAAUAUCUGGAUCUUGAUUCGAAUGCGAUACGUUUUUCCAAGAUCAAAUAGUGCUGCAUGGAGCCAAAAACAAGUCUAUUUACAUGUCAAUAUCAGUGUAACUCAUAUGUAAUUUAUUGUAAUCCGAUUGCCUGUUCAAAAUCUCCUGAAUAAAUUCAGA